GGGAGCAGACAUUAGGAAGGGCAUAUCUGGAAGCAAUACAGAUUCACCACAAUGUCAAUGGCGCUCCAAGGAUUAGAGUGAGGAGUGAUUGUGGGAACUGUCUGAAGUACAAUAUGUUCUAAUUCGAGUUUUCUUUCGGAUUUCCAUAAAGCAUUGAUAGAGCAGAUGGGAGAAAGUUGUCUUUAGACAUUCAGGAGAGUUGUUAGGAAACACAUUUAAGAAUGAUGGUAGGAGUGUAGAUAUCUCUCCCACGAACAGAGGCUGUAGAUUCCUGAUCAGCCAAUAGUUUUAAAACUGAAUCAAUAGAAUUUUGCUGGGACAGGGCAGAAAGGAAUAUGGAAGAGAGGUAUUAUUUGGUCCUCCUUGCCGCAUGGGGCAGCAGUGAGUAGGUCACAUGUUCCUGCUCAGCUGGUUGCAGGGAGGGUCCGUGUUGCGUUCAGCUGCUGGUCCUGGGAACAGCAGUUACUUAAAUGUUACCUGUGCCUGGAGCUUUCAGACACAGGGCAGCAUCAUAUACGUACUGGUGAUAAUGAAGCUGAUGGGGAGAUUGCACUCUUUACAAUAAAAGCCGGAAUGGAUUGGAGGAAGGGAGUCGAUUUAAAGCUGUAUUGAAGUUAGAAUACACAGUGGAUUCACGUUUGCUAGCUCCAUGAGGACCCAGUCGAACGCCUCUUUGUAGUAUUGAUGGACGGAACUAGAGAUUGCAGCCCCCAGACUGGAGCAGAGCCCUUCUUGCUGGCAAAGCUUAUACCUAACAGAUCGCAUGAAUUAGAUUGGACAUCUGGCUGUGAGACUUGGGGUGUGGCAUUUUCACCUGAUGGCUCAUACUUUGCAUGGUCACAGGGACACAAUAUUGUGAAAUUGGUUCCCUGGCCACUUGAAGAUCACAAAAUAAAUUCUAAAAGCACACAUCAUCUUAAAGCAGAUGACAGCUCAGAGGGCCAGUGUGGAGAAAAGCUAAUUGAUUGUGGUCAGACAGUAUGGGGAUUAUCAUUUGGAGCGUCUCCAUCUAAUAAUAGAAAGCAAUCAUCUGAGAACCAACACAAAUCCAAACUUCAGUCUUCUGAUACACUUCUUGCUACAGGUCUCACGAAUGGUGAAAUCAAGUUGUGGAAAGUGCCUACUGCUCAUCUUCUCCACUAUUUGAAGGGGCAUCAGUCUGUAGUGAGAUCAUUUGCUUUUAUCACCAAUGAAGACUUCAUGUUGGUUUCUGCAUCAAGAGACAGAACUCUGCGUGUAUGGGACCUAAAACAGAAUGGUAAACUACUGCAUGUAUUAAAUGGCCAUAACCAAUGGGUUUAUUGUUGUGCUGUCUCCCCUGAUUCGACAAUGCUUUGCUCUGUAGGAGGGGGAAGAAUGGUAUUGCUUUGGAGCACAGUAACCUAUACAGUGCUUCGGAAACUAGAAGGACAUGGAGGUGAUGUUGUAUCAUGUGAAUAUUCCUCCAAUGGAGCAUUACUAGCUACUGCAUCUUACGAUACCUAUGUAAUUGUAUGGGACCCAUACACUGGAGAAAGCCUGAUGAAGCUGAGGCAUUGUUCCCCACCAGCUUCUCUGGAUGUUGAUGAAGGCUUUCGGACCGGAUUUGUACGAGCAGUCUCCUUCUCCCAGCAGGGACUAAAUGUUACCUCAGUAGCAGAUGAUGGAUUGCUGAGAAUUUGGUGCUUGAAUUUACAAAGGCCAAUAUAUGUUGCUCCUCUGACCAAUGGGCUCUGUUGUACAUUCUCUCCACAUGGUAGUGUGUUGGCUACAGGGACAAGAGAUGGUCAUGUUACAUUCUGGACCGUAUCUAAGGUGCUGCCAACUCUGCAACACAUUUGCCGCAAUGCUGUGCGCCACAUGAUGACCACCCACCAAGUUAUGCUGUUGUCAGUUCCAAAGAAGAUUAAACAGUUCUUGAUUUAUAAGUUCUAGCUCACACUUGCAGAGGUAAAGUAACAGGAUCAAUGGGAACCCUUACCUUAAAAGUAAUAGAUAAUGAAUAAUAUUUUUACCAAGAUUUAUUUAAAUGAAUAUUGUAUUUGAUUUUUAAAAAUGUACAUCUAGUUUCCAAAAAUAAUUGUCACAAAAAAGAGCCUUUUUCCAUUAUAAAACUUAUUACAUUCAAUGUCAAAAAAGCCCUCCUCUAUCAGAUCAAUCUUUUGCACACUAUUGGAACUUUCCACAGAAGUUAUGUCACUGAUCAAAAGUAUAAUAUUUGUUCUAAAUGUGGAGAUCUACUGCCUUCAGAAAGAUGUAGACCAGAUUGAAGGUUAAGAAUGUUAUUUAUGAAACUAAGUAUUUCAAGAUGCAAGCCCCACAAGUAUAGUAUCUUUUUUGAUCUCCAGUUUAGUUUGUAAAUUUAUGGCUUAAAAUUGCACAAAGAUGGAUAAUCAUUAUUGAUCUAUCUAUCUGCACGGUUUCAUAAGUGUUCCUUUAAAAUUUUUAUCCUCAGAUUUAUGGAUUUAAUUAUUUAAAUUUAAUUUAGUCUGGGGAAAAUGUUUAAAAACUUGCCUUUUUUAAAAAAAAAUAGUUUGGUACCUUAUGACUAACUAGAAUAUUUCAGAUUCAUCUUUUAAUUAUUUUGAUUGGAAUCUCUUGUUGCUGAAUGUAGCCAUUCUUCAUUUUUAAAAUAUUUCUUGUGUUUGAUCACUGUUCUAUCCUUUGUAGUUUUAACAUCUUUAUGCUAGAAUUGAAAACUUACAGGCCAGAUGUAGAUCUUUGUGGCCCAAAUGUAACCUUUGAUCUCACCUUGCCUUCUAACAAGGUACUUGUGUAUGUUUUUCUGCAUGCACUAGCUUUAAUUCCUGCUAGUGUAGAACUACAAGUGACAGAUUUUCAUAAAAGAUGCAGGAAAGAAACAAAGGUUGACCAAAUACACAUGAUAAAGAAAACUGGCAAAAGAUGCAAGAUUAAUGCUGGAGAAUCAACAUUUGAGCAAUCGUACUAAAUUGAUGGGUCUGUGUGGAUUUUUGUCUCAAAAGUAUGAAAGUUAGUUAUCAGUUGUAGAUUUCCUAUGGAAUGCGAUUUCUUUUAACGUGGUGUUGUUACACAUUUUGGAUUAAUCACAUGCAACUAUUUAACUCCACAAAAUUAGUCUUGUCACUGUACUAAGAUGUUUUGUACCUCCUAAACUGAUUUAAUCAGUGCAAACUGGAGAAGGCUUGAUACAAAACAUUUAUACAAUACAGUUGUUUAUUUCAUUGUAUUUAAAGAAUAGAAUAUAUUUUCAGUAUUUAUUUUUGUCUGAUUUUUAGAAAUAAAAUUUAACUUUUUAAAGUUGUUUUAAUGCAUGUCUGCAUAUGUUAAGACAUUGUCAAAUUCUUCAGUUGGCAGUGUACAUGAAGUGAAAAUGGGGAAUCUUUGCUCAGACCAUUCUUUUCCUCCCCAGGUUACAAAAAAAAAAAUCAUUUAAUGUGAUUAACUUUUUCACUCCAUUUUACCACCACUCACCCCUAAACCCACAAUUUCCUGGUUGAUCAAGUACCUAUUCAACUCUGGAUUGACCAUAUUCAAUGGCCCAGCCCCCUGCUCUCUGGAACAGAAUUCUAAAGAUAAACAACCCUCUGAAGAAAUUCCUUCCCCAUCUCAGUCGAAAUGACACCUCCACUUUCUUUUAAAUUGUGCCUUCAGUUCUAGGAUUUUCCCUAGAUAAGAGCAUUUUCCUCAACGCUUACCUCAAAGCCCCCUCAAUGUUCUGUUUCUGAAGGAUCACUACUUGUUCUUAAUGCUAAAGUGUAGGAUUAAACCAACUCAACCUUUCUGGAGAUAAUCAGUCUGAGUGAACCUCCUUUGAACUUGCAUUAUAAAUGUGUGUCGCCUUAAGUAGAGACCAAAUUUGUAUAAACACUCCAGAUGGGAAGGCACCAAUAGCCUGUACAGUUGUAAAAUAACUUCCCUACUUUUAUACCCUAUCCUCAUUGCAAUAAAGGCCAAUUUUCAUUUGUCUUUCUGAUUACUUACUGCAAUAAUAAUUUUGAUUCAUGUUAUCCACAUUGAGAAAACUGAUUUUUCUAUUCUUCCUGACAAUGGAAAGCUUCAUAUCUCCCAUAUGUGUCACUUUUUACAGACUUUGUCCUCUUCACAACUUGCUUUAACAACUAAAGUUUACAUCUUGCUUUGUCUUUUAUUUGCAAUCCCAGCCUCAAGUUGACUAAGUGUGCAACAAAACCUAAUUGAGAACAUCAAAUUGAGUUUACCAAGCUUAUACACUUCUCCUAGAUGUGAAAUCGGGCCUGUGUGUCCCUGGCAGACAGAAAAGCUAGUUUCCAAGUUCAUUGUCUCAACAUAUCCUCAUGUUGUCACAGAACAAGGUCAUAACUCAGGACUCCUGGCAGAUGCUAAGUUUAUUAGUGUAUCACUAUUAAUCCAAUGACCUCUGUUGGUUUUGCCAUUUUCAUUGAUGGAUGUAUGGUCAACUGGCCAGUAGUUUAUCACCUGGUUGUUCAUACUUCCAUUACAAAUAUACCAGCAUGCAAGAUAUUAAUAUAAUAUCUAUUGAAACUGACAACUGCAAUAGAGUUGCUAGCCUUGACCUCCAGAAGGUGUUUGUUUGGAAGAGCACCGGAACAGGCAAGGAGAAAUUGAUUAGCACAAUUUGGCCAAGAGGAGGAUCUAGAGAAAUCAUCAGUGUCCCACUGUAGUAAAUGUGGACAAGAGACUGCCAUGCCAAAGUGGGGUUCCUGAGCCCCACACAGAAGUAGCUUACAUUGUUUGCUAACAAAGUUGACCACAACAAGACAAAAGCUGCCACCAAGUCCAAUUGAUACAUCACUGCACAAACUUGGACUUGAGCAAGGAGUAGUUCUUAAGUAGUUACAAUGUUUGGAACUUAAAGGAUUUGUAACUACAAAUCCUUUAUAACAAACUUGCUUUCUCAGCUGAAAUUUAUAACCGGUCAAGUUCAAGGAACUAUUGUUUAUUCCACAAAUAACAUUGAGCCUGUCAGUUGAAAGACUGCCUCUUUGACUCUGGGGGGAACGUUCUUGGUUGGACUUAUUGCCAAUUCUAUGAUGAUGAAGGAGUUACAAGGUUAAACACUUGAUAGAAUGUUUAUUUAAUCCUAGCCCAGUUUUUAGACCUGGACAGCAUUAUUUAGCUUUUGUCCAGUGUGAAGUUUUAUUUGUUAAACUCUUUGAAAGAAUAACAGCAAAACCUGAUUUUAAAGAUGCAAUAAAUGUUACUAAUUUGUCUGCAGGUAUUAACUAACAGCUAGCAAAUAACUCCAGCCACUUUGACUUGUCUGCAACUCCUGACUUUAUUGCCAUCUUCCAUAUUUUAAAAACCUUUAACGCUCUUGACUUAUGACACUAUCGUUUUUGCUCAGUAAUGACUUUUAUAUUCAGUCUCAAAACUGCAAAUCCCUAUAUUAGAAAAUUAUCUGGUUGUUCUAAUGCAUUAAAUAAACUAAGUUCCAAUUCUAGGCAUGCAGCCUUAGUAGUUUGAGUCUUGAGAUUUGCUGCUACAUUCA